AUGCAAGGUGAUAUCAGAAGGAAAAAAGAUCUUUUACCUCGUUAUAAAACGGGAAGCAAAUACAAUGCUAGAAGAAGGGGCAGUUAUCUGACUACCCCUAUGAAAAAGAUUAUAGUAUACAUGUUACUGUUAUGCGGUGUCUAUUUUGUUAUACAGAUUGCCUAUUCUGACCUACACAAGGAAAUAAAGAUCGAGUUAGAGAGCCCUUCUGAUGCGUCUGCAAAUGGAAAUGGUCAUAGUAAUGUUGCAGCCGACGCGAGUGACAAUAAGCAACAACAGCAGGCAAAAGUGCCAAAAGAAAAGUUCAAUAAUGAAGUUGCAAAGCAACAAGAGGUGAAGAAUCUAGAGAACGACUUAAAACCACAGGUUGACUCAGAAAAGCAGAAACAAAUAAACAAGGGUAAGAAAGAACAACAACAGCAACUCCAGAAAGAGAAGGAAGAUCUCGCCAAAGAAAAACUGGCUCACAAUGAAAUACUUGAUAAUUAA